AUGGCGGUGAUUAGAGGCGGCACGAGAGUCGGGCGUUCUUUUCGACCGGAUUUUCUCUUGGUGAGACAAAACCUCAAAGACGCCGGCGAGGAUUACAAGAAGCUGCUGCUGGCGUUGAAGUUCGGGGGGGUUCCGAGCAUCAACAACUUGAACGCCAUCUUCAACUUUCAAGAUAAGCCUUGGGUGUUCGGGUUUUUGGUGCAACUUCAACGGCGCCUCGGCAAGGAGAACUUCCCGCUAAUAGAGCAAACUUUUUAUCCCGACCAUCGCGAAAUGAUAACAUUUUCACGUUUUCCAAUCGUCGUGAAAAUCGGCCACGCUCACGGCGGCUUGGGAAAAGUCAAAGUGGAAAACUUGAACGAUUUCCAAGACAUGGCCAGCGUCGUCGCCGUAGCGAAUACCUACUGCACGGUGGAGCCCUACAUCGAUUCCAAAUACGACAUACAUGUACAGAAAAUAGGAAACAAUUACAAGGCAUUCAUGAGGAAAUCCAUUUCAGGUUGUUGGAAAACUAACACCGGCUCUGCCAUGCUGGAGCAAAUUUCGAUGCCGGAGCGAUACAAGAUGUGGGUCGACGAGGUGUCAGAAUUGUUCGGCGGAUUGGACAUUUGCGCCCUCGAAGUUGUCGUCGGAAAGGACGGGCGUGAAUAUAUUAUAGAGGUGAACGACAGCGCUCUAACUCUCCUCGGGGACACCCAAGAGGAGGACAGAAGGCACAUCGCCGAUCUGGUAUCGUCCAGGAUGCAGGCGAUCUGCCGGCCGAAGACGCCGCCGCCCAACGAGGAACCCGUCCCGCCUCCCGUCGGCCCAAGGGGGAUAUUGGGCAGCCUGACCAGCCUGACCAGGGACAUCACGGACACGCCGCCGCCCAGCGCCGCCUCCGACGCGCCCUCUUUGAGCAACAUCGGCAGACGGGACAGUCAAGCUUCGCAGUCGAGUACGGUGAGCAGCGCCCCGAGUACCGGACGUCUUCCAGACCCGCCGCCCCGGCCGUUCCAGCGCCAGGGCAGCCAGAGCCAGUCCUUGGUCGAGGACACCGAGGACACCAUGAAGAACCUGCGCAAAACGUUCGCCGGCAUCUUCGGCGACAUGUGA